UAAAAUUAGUCAUUCUUCUCACUUCUGCUCAUCGCUUGAAAUGCAUGUCGGUGGAGAUUCUCUGCAGUGUAUUUGCCUGGCUACAUUGGCGCAGGCUUUCACAUCAUCUCCUCACAUCUUUCCCGAUCUCUUAUGUUUGGAAACCGACCUCUAUCGACAUGAACGCGCUCUUAUCGCCGACCAAGACCAAGAUGUCUGUUUACGCAGAAGUAAUCUUUGAUUGUCUUUUAGUCAAAUGAACCUAAUCGCGUUGGCCAAUGUAGCCGAUUAGUGCUCAGUUCUGCCCGCUCGGAGCGUUUUGUUUCUGGAUUGUUGUCUGCUUUAAAACAUUUCCCUUCGGAUUGUCCAGAAACAUCUUCACACAUCAGUCGGAUCAAAGAAGAGAUUCGACUUUUUUCAUCCGGGAGUGGGGGAUAAUAUGUCAAGACGAAAACAGACCAACCCUUUCAAAGUGAAUUGUAGGUAUCCCAGGGCCUUUUCACACGACUGGGUUGUCCGGCCCUCAGCACGCUUUUGAGAUGGACGCUAGAGAUGACUUCAUUGAAGACGGCGAAUGCCAUAGCAACAACUCACAGGAACCUGAAGAGCAAGACAGCACAAGUGAUGACUGUGAUAGUGACUUUGAUAAGGAUGACUCCUCAAAUGCCUCUGCUGAUUACAGCAUGAUGAGUAAUAAGAGAGGCCAUGGCCUCAUACUACAGGAUGACGUCAAGGAGGAGAGCGAGGAGGGGACAGACCAGGGAGGAAUUUUUGCUUGUCCGCUUUGUUCCCUGGAGUUCAGUAGCCCAGAUCAGCUCAUCGCACAUGUCUACCAGCACACAGCUGUGGGUAGCAGUAAGAGUUAUAUCUGUCCUGUUUGUGGACGAGCUCUCAGUUCUCCAGGCUCUCUUGGCCGCCAUCUUCUCAUCCAUUCAGAGGACCGUCUGUCCAACUGUGCAGUGUGUGGGGCUCGCUUCACAGACACCAACAACUUCAACAGGGGAAAGUUGAAGGAAUUCCUUGACACAAGCAGUAUAGAGAUCAACAGUGAGGGUGAGGCCUGUGCCAUGUCCAACUCUCUACCCAGAAGCCCUAUGACUAACCCCAGCACAAAUCCUGGUACUGUACUGACCUCAUUGCCAGAUGGACUUCUCCCUUCUGCACCUCCUCUUCCCUCACUAUCUGACAGUCUCAGUCCUUCCAGCACAGGCCUUCCACCUCUUCCAGACCUCAUGAACCCUAUGCCUGUGUACCCGGCUGGAGUUUUGCUGGUCUGCAACAGCUGCGUAGCCUACCAGCAGCUUGUGGAUGCCCAGUCGCCAUCCAUGAGGAAAUGGGCAAUGCGUAGGAAGAGCGAGCCCGUAGAGAUGCGGAUGCAGCGGCUGGAACGCGAGCGAACGGCCAAGAAGACCAAGAGGGCAUGCGAGACACCGGAGGAGCGGGAGGUGCGCCGCUUACGAGACCGUGAGGCAAAGCGGAUGCAAAGGAUGCAGGAGACAGAUGAACAGCGGUCACGUCGUCUACAGCGUGACCGGGAGGCCAUGCGACUCAAACGGGCCAACGAGACACCCGAGAAGAGGCAGGCACGGCUAAUCCGUGAGAGGGAGGCCAAGAGGCUAAAGCGGCGCUUGGAGAAGAUCGACCCAUCGCUGAGAAACCAGAUUGAGCAUGAUCCUGCUGCAAUGGCUGCGCUCACUGCUGACAUGAAUCUAUUCCAGUUUUCCUUCCCCAUGUCCGUCCCCUCCAUUGACAAUGGACUGUUUAUGAAGCUUCCCUAACAAGCACAGCUCCAAACACCUCUCAGCCCGGCAUUUGAGAAGAUCUUGCCAUUUUAAAAGAAUAACUAUCUUGACUAUAACUGCGAUGAGAAUGUUAUGCUCUUGCAGUUUCAAGGAGGCGCUCACCCUGACAGCGAUUUGCAGUGAUGUAGGUACCAGAUGUCAUUCAUUUUCAACGAGAGAUUUGAUGCAAAGUAGGAGGUCAUGAGUUGCAAUGCAACAAUGUCGAGCUUAGUUCAACUUUAUGCAGACAGGCAGCAACACGUGGCGACUACCACUGGGAGUGUAGACAGCGAUGCUCACAUGAUUCGCUGCCUGAAACCGUUGGAUAUUGCAGUACAGAAGUGGUUCUACUGGAAAGACAAGGGCAGGCAAUUGCUUCGAACCCCCGAGGGUGGUGGGUUACAGUAGUCAACAACAACAAGAAAUAAACCUCCUUACAACCAGUACUCAGCAAUGUUUAGUAGACUAUGAACUAUGAUGACAUUUUUGAGAACCCGCCUCAUCCCUUUAGAUAUGACCUCAGUGAAACAUUGAAAUAAGACCGAGAUGAUGCAGAUGAUGUUCCCAUCUGAUAGUCAGAGGAGGAAAAAAGGGGCCUGAGGCACUGGAGUCCUUUACCAUCACCACCAGUCAAGUAGAACGCCCUCUAGCAGUCAACAGUAUGGCGACUUGCUGACCUCAUCGUAUGAAAUUUAUUUGCUGUCAGUGUGAACGACCCUUUGUGGAUUUAUGUAACAUAAAUUGAUUUACAAAAUUAACUGAACUUGUAUAAAAAAAUUCCAACAUUCGGA